CCGCUCCGCUCCCCUCCGCUGCGCCGCGCUCCUCCCGCCGUACCAUGGUUGGGGAUCACUGCAGCCUCCCCGGUGAACGGCCCGUCCUCGCCCAGAGUCCCAAACCCGGAUUAAGCUGCAAAAUGGUCCUGCAAGCGGUGGGCAAAGUGCUACGGAAGUCCAAGGGAAAGCCAAAUGGUAAAAAGCCAGCACCAGAAGAGAAGAAACUUUACCUAGAGCCAGAAUACACAAAAUCCAGAAUUACUGACUUCGAAUUUAAGGAGCUAGUGAUGUUACCAAGAGAAAUAGACCUCAACGAGUGGCUAGCCAGCAACACAACAACUUUCUUUCAUCACAUCAACUUACAGUAUAGUACAAUCUCAGAAUUCUGUACAGGAGAGUCAUGUCAGACCAUGGCAGUGUGCAAUACACAGUACUACUGGUAUGAUGAGCGGGGAAAGAAGAUCAAGUGCACUGCUCCUCAGUAUGUUGACUUCGUCAUGAGUUCAGUGCAGAAACUAGUGACAGAUGAGGAUGUCUUUCCAACAAAAUACGGCAAGGAAUUCCCAAACUCGUUUGAGUCCCUAGUGAAGAAGAUCUGCAAGUACCUGUUCCAUGUGCUGGCCCAUAUCUACUCUUCACACUUUAAGGAGACUUUGGCACUGGAGCUGCACGGACAUUUAAACACACUCUACACACACUUUAUCCUAUUCAUCAGGGAGUUCAACCUUGUGGACCCUAAAGAGACCACCAUCAUGGACGACCUCACAGAGGUCCUCUGCAGCAGCAGUGGGAGCAGCAGUAACGGGAGCGGCAAUGGGAGCAGCAACAGCGCAGGAGCACAGAACCAUGUGAAAGAGAGAUGAGCCCUCCUACAGGAUCAAAACUAACAUUAAAAACAAUAUUAUAUGUUCUGUGUGUAUGUGUAUGUAUAUGUUCAGAUAUACAUACAGACAUAUACAGCAAUGAAAGCUGAAAGAAAUUAUGCUGCCACCACAGGACGUGUAGUCGUAUGGGACUGUAUGGAGCUUUGGUUUAAUGCGCCACCUGGCGCAAAGCUGCACCAAUUUUAUUUUAUUUUCUGUCCACUCCUCCUUUUAUCUAUUCAGAUGGAUGAUGAGUGCUGUUUUUAGAGAAGAGCCAAGCUUCAGAGUGGGGCCACUCUUA